AUGACGAUACGAAAAAUUCGGAUUUUGGAUACGUUAGCACAAGAGGCGCGAACGGAGGUUGAAAAACAUUCUUCGUUUAUGGCACGUUACUUAUCACUCGACAAAUACGUCAAUCAGUUCGAGGUACAGCAACAAGAAGUUUUGAAUAUUAUGUUGGAUUCGGGAUUACAGGACGACUUUAAUGAUACAGACUUGUUAAUUACGGACGAGGUGGAGGAAGUAGUUGGACGUAUUCGAAUGAUUUCUGAAAUAAUUCGACCAACGUCGGAUAUAACAAAUCGAAUUCCGCGUCAAGAGAGCGGAGCCUUUUCAGGUACCAACAUAGGUUUGCCCAAAAUUGAGUUGCCAAAAUUUGAUGGUGACGUAGUCCAAUGGUGCUCUUUUCGUGAUAUAUUUUGUUCACUUGUGCACAACAACCAGCACUAUUCGGACAUUGAGCGAUUUCAUGUGUUGAAAUCAUUAUUAGUGGGUCCGGCUUUGGCAGUUAUCAAAUCUAUUCCAUUAACGGCUACCAAUUACAACAUCGCGUGGAAUGCUCUUCAUAAAUCGUUUGAAAAUAAUCGAUUAUUAGCGACGGCGCAUAUUGAUCGAUUAUUUGCGUUCUCCCCUCUCAAAAAGGAGUCUACGGCGGCGCUCGCUACUUUUGUCAAUACGUUCCGCGAAAACGUCGCCGCUAUCAAGGCGUUAGGCAUAGACGAUAUUUCUGGAUUUCUACUAUUUUAUAUCGGUGCGCGGGUGCUCGAUACCGAAACCAGAAGACUAUACGAAGCCAGUAUACCGCAGUCAGAAAUACCAUCAUUGGACAACCUGUUGGAUUUUGUUUCACAACGAUGUAAGAUAUUGGAAAACAUCGGGACUAUUGCGGAAAGGGUAGAGCAAAAUGUCAAGAGUACGGCUAAGAAAGGCAAGGGUGGUGCACCGGUGAAGCAUUCAUUCGCCGCGACUUCGAAUGGCAUAAAGUGUAUUUUUUGUGAACAAGAUCACCCACUAUAUCGUUGUUUUGCAUUUAAACAAAAAUCAGUUGCGGCAAGAAGAAAGUUUGUAAGCAAUAACAGUGUGUGUUUUAUUUGUUUGAAGUCAGGACACCCAGCUAAGUCGUGCACAUCUACGUUCAAAUGUCGAAGCUGUAGCGGCAAGCAUAGUACGCUAUUACAUCUGGACAUGGUGAAGCCGGCAGCGUCCGGUGACGCUGAAGGCUCGACGGAGAGUACGGAGUCAGGAGAAACCAAGGCUAAUGCUACCGACAGCAUAGUUAAGUUCUCGGGUACUGCGCGUGCAGAAACCACGGUGAUUUUAGGCACAGCUAUUGUGCGCGUUCGCGAUAGCUUGGGAAAAUUACAGACCGCACGAGUUCUGUUAGACAGUGGUUCUCAAGUUUCUGCGAUCACGUCAGAAUGUGCCACUCGAUUAGGAUUAAAGUGUAUUAAAAGCAGAAUAGAAGUGUCAGGACUGUCGCAACAACCAGUGACUAAAGUCAAAGGGGUCACUCAAUGUCAGUUCAUUCCACUUCAUGCAGAAGGUCCGCAAUUCUGUGCUUCGAGCGUCAUUAUUCUUACGCGUAUAACAAUGCAACUACCUAGUGAUAGACUACCUGCUGCGGUACGUGAGCGAUAUCACCACUUGGUGUUAGCGGAUCCGGAAUUUGACAUACCUGGGCCGAUCGACAUGUUGAUAGGAAGUGACUUAUACCCACACAUGUUACAAUCCAGGGCAGAUAUUAUUCGCAGUACGGGUCUGCCGUCCGCUAUGAACACUCAGCUCGGAUGGAUUGUGGUGGGAGCAUUGGAUGAAUUACCAACGCCACCUAUGGUUGCACUAUCAGCUACAUCGACUCCAGAAAUCGAACGUUUAAUACAGAAAUUUUGGACUGUGGAAGAACCAAAUAUGCCAGAUAUCCUAACAACAGAGGAUGAACAAUGUGAGGUAUGGUUCCAGAAGUCAACAACCAGAGACGCGUCUGGACGGUUUGUGGUGUCACUGCCGUUCCGAUCGACUGUGCGUGCUCUAGCGGAACCAUUGACUAUUCCAACGGCGGGAGCUCAGGGGGGGAGCCCGGAAGAUUUAGGCUCAUCACGCCGUUUAGCGUUGAACCGUCUAUACAAUCUCGAACGACGACUAGCUAAAGAUUCGGAGUUAUACACCGCCUAUCGUAAGUUCAUGGAUGAUUACCUAACUUUAGGUCAUAUGAAACCGGCAUCGGUGCCGGGGAAAUAUUUUAUACCACACCAUGCUGUGGUUAAGCAUGAAGAAAAGGGACUGAAGAUUCGGGUUGUCUUCGACGCCUCGGCGAAGUCCACAUCAGGAAGAUCCUUGAAUGAUUGUCUAUGCAUUGGUCCAAAGUUACAGACUGAAAUUAGUGAUGUACUACUUCGCAGCAGAUUUUACAGGUACAUGUUCGUCGCCGAUAUUGCGAAGAUGUAUCGGCAAAUCAGGGUACGUGAAGAGGAUUGUGCCUAUCAACAUAUUCUGUGGCGUAGGUCGCCGGAGGUAGAAGUACAGGAGUAUCAACUGCUAACCGUCACUUAUGGUGUAAAUUCAGCUCCAUAUCUUGCGUUGCGGUGUCUGCGUCAACUCGACCUGGAGGAUGGUGCAGGAUUUCCCCAGGCAAAGGGUCUGUUAAUUAGUAAUACCUAUGUUGACGACAUAGUCGCCGGUGCCAACAGCGUAGAGGAACUGUUGGCCGUACAGAAGGACCUCGUUAAUUUGUUACAGCGGGGCGAAUUCGAGCUUAAAAAAUGGGCAAGUAAUUGCGAUGCCGUGCUGAGGUGCGUACCGGCCGAGGAUCAUGCAAUAGAACCGACUUUCACACCAACUAAAGACAUUGCGUUGAAAGUGUUUAGGAGUGCAUUGGGAUCCCACAACCGAUGCUUUUGGAUAUCACUUAAACACUGA